CACACCGGGGAGAAGCCCUACGAGUCUGGGCAAUGUGGGAAGAGGUUCAGCAGGAGCUCCGGCCUCAUCGAGCACCAGAGGACCCACACUGGAGAGAGGCCGUACGCGUGUGUGGAGUGUGGAAGGAGGUUCAGCCACUAUUCUGCCCUGAUCGUGCACCUAAAGAUCCACACUGGGGAGAGGCCCUAUGAGUGUUCCAAGUGUGGGAAGAGGUUUAAGACCAGCUCCUGUCUCCUCCUGCACUAUCGGAUUCACACGGACGAGAGGCCCUUCCAAUGCCCUAAGUGCGGGAUGGGAUUCAGGGACAACUCCACCCUGAUGCAGCAUCAACGCAUCCACACCAUGGAGAGACCCCAUGAGUGUGAGGAGUGUGGGAGGAGCUUCAGAAGGAGCUCCUACCUGAUCAGCUACCAGAUGAUCCACAAUGGGGAGAGGCCCUACGAGUGUUCUGAGUGUGGGAAGAGCUUCAGCUGCAGCUCCAGCCUGAUCCAGCACAGGAACAUUCACACUGGAGAGAGACCCUACAAGUGUGGGCAGUGCAGGAAGAGCUUUAGCCACCAUUCCACCCUGGUCAGGCACCACAUUCACACUGGGAUUCACACUGGGGAGAGACCUUACAAGUGUUCCAAGUGUGGGGAGGGCUUUACGAGCAGCUCCCAUUUAUUCCUGCACCAUCGGAUUCACACAGAGGAGAGGCCCUUCCGCUGCCCCGACUGUGGAAAGGGAUUCAUGCAGAACUCCCACCUCAUCAUCCAUCAGCGCAUCCACACUGGGGAGAGGCCCUAUGAGUAUCCCCAGUGUGGGAAGAGCUUCUCCAGCAGCUUCUAACUUGACCCGACACCAACAGAGGCACCGUCCAAAAGCCAAGAGGGAUGGAUCUGUCACCUCAAAACCACUCAAAUCCCAGUGAAAACCGCUUGAUCUUACCUGGAAAGGAUUCAGGCCGACAUCAAAGCGUUUUUUUCCCCCUGAAACUAUCUCUACCUCUUUACAAAGUCACUUGAUUCCACAGCCACUGACAUGGCUUAGAUGGUUUUGGGGAGAGACUGGGAAAUGCGGGAUCUCAAUUUCAAGUUCUGGGAUCUCAAUUUCAAGUGCUAGGGACUGGGUGUGUGGGAUGUAUUUAUAGCAAAUAAAACUCCCAGACUUACUGAAAUAAACAGGGCCAGGAGACUUCUUCUCCUUUAUAAUGCCUUUAUUAAAAGUGAUCAGCUCAGGAUUGGGCGUCCCGGCACGGCUGCAGUCCCCAUCGCGUCUCCCAGGGCGACUCAGAGGAGGAGGAUAUGUGCAGCUCCGUCCACUAGGGGCAGAGCCGGGGAUCCAGUCCUCAUGGGAGCCUUAGGGCGUGAUGUCCCCAUCAGAUGUUGCUUUUGAGCCUUGCCGGUUACCCUGGUCCCGGUGUUGGGACCACUCCCUGCUCAGGGCGAGAGGGGCUCCGAAGGUGUUCAGCAUCUCUGCAGGCUCAGCACUCGGCUCCUCAC